AUGCGGUGUCGAACGCGCGCGAAAACAACCGAUGAUGAUGAUGAUGAUGAUGACGAUGAGAGUAAAGAACUGAUGAUGUUACAAAAGGAGUUCACCGCGUUCGCAAUUGAACUCGCAGAAGCGGCGAACGAAGAAACCUUGAAAUAUUGGCGAAAAACUUCUCUAGGCGUGGAGACGAAAAACGAUGCGAGUCCGGUGACGGUGGCGGAUAAAAACGCGGAGACGGCGAUGCGGACGUUGGUGAAACGUCGAUAUCCGUCGCACGCGAUAUUCGGCGAGGAACACGGGAUUGAGUUAGGUUUGGAGAAGAAAAGCGACGAUAAGAAACACGAGUAUUUAUGGGUGUUUGAUCCAAUCGACGGGACGAAAUCGUUCAUCACGGGGAAACCGUUGUGGGGGACCUUGAUCGCGUUGUUGCGCGACGGCGAACCCGUCCUCGGCGUGUUGGAACAACCGGUUUUGAAGGAACGAUGGAUCGGGUGUAAGGGCACGCAAACGACAUUUAACGGGGAUCCAGUUUCCGUGCACGGAGACGAACAGAAAGAGUUGAAAGAAGCGCUGAUGUAUUCGACGACGCCGCUCAUGUUUUACGACGAAAACGAAGUUCGAUACGAACGGUUGAAACGGGAGGUGAAAAUCCCAAUGUUUGGGUGCGAUUGCUACGCGUACGGUUUAUUAGCGUCUGGUUUUUGCGACAUCGUCUGCGAAGCGGAUUUAAAACCGUACGAUUACAUGGCGUUAGUGCCAAUAGUGUUAGGCGCGGGGGGUAAAAUGACCGACUGGGAAGGCGAGCCGUUGAAGUUUGUCGUCGAAGAAGAAGGAGGCGACGGGGAGUCUUUCCAAGGCGAGGUCCUCGCCGCGGCGAGCGAACGCUUGUGGAAGGCGAGCGUGGCGAGUUUGAAGAAACAAACUCGGUAG